GAAACCACAUCAUCUACUAUUAUGUUUUUCUCUGUGACAUUAUGUAGCUGUCAGAAUAAUUAUUUCAUCCUUAAAACUAUUUCGGCAGAAUCUUGGAAAAGUACUGCUUACCGUUAUAUUUUGCUAGAGUUUAUAAGUAAAACCAGCUAAAAUAUUCUGGAAGUGAUGGAUGAUAAUUCAAAUUAGUGCGUAAGAAUUUGGUAUUAUUAAAUUAUACAAUGAAUUUAUGAACGAUAUUACCCGGCUUUGGAAAAAAAAACUGCAACAUGUUCGGUGCGGCUCAGGUUUACUUGGAAAUGAGUUCCUUAGGGAAGGUUAUAACGUGACCUAUGGCUAUUUUCCAGAAACACCAAUAACGUUAUACAUUUGUAUAUUGAUUUGGAUUAAUGCAACUGAAACACCAUUAAAGGUUUUAGCUAGUAAAAUGAGUUGUUCAUGGCAACACUAACCGUGUUUACAAUAUGGAUAUUAAAGGUUCAAUAUUGAAGUACAACAGUUAGUUUAGACACACUGCAGUUAUUGUUGGUACAAGAUGUUUCCAAUUACUCGGUAUGUAAGGCAUCUUGGAUAAAGCUCAAUUGAUCCGCGCAAAACGAAUCUGCUCUGGCAGAGAUGUAGUGUAGUACAUAAAAAAUCAUUUCAGAAAGUGUGAAAUUAGAUACCAGUGAAAUUAAAUAGCACACUAUUGUUACUUGCAGUCGUUGCUCUUGAAAUAAAAUAUUCAUUACUUGUUCUUUCGGAUAUCCUUUAUGAAAUCUGCUGAAACGAUUCUGCAAGGAUCCCGGUGCAGACGGCAUCGUGUACUUGCAGACGACAAAAUUGUACGGUGGCAGAAUGAUUCCAGGAUUUACGAGUUCCCUACUGCUGGUUGUUUCUGAGAUUGUGUUCAGUGCCUUUCUUAAUGCGGAGAGUUUAUCUAGACAGGCGACGCUUAACUCCCUUCUGGGUCUGAAGGAGGACGGAACUUCCGGAAAUCAUGACGCCAACCGCCUCAAGUAUGACUCCAGCAUCGCACCAGACUUCGAACUAGACGUGCCUACUGAAGUCCGUGUCCGAAUCCUGAUACAGAACAUUUACUCCGUUACCGAGACUUCCAUGGAGUAUUCUAUGGACAUCUUCUUGCGUCAGAAGUGGGAAGACAAGCGGCUGAAGUACGGGAACACCUCCGAGCUGCCCUGGCUCGAACUGGACAACAAGAUAAUGGACAGUGUGUGGGUUCCAGACACUUUCUUCCCGAACGAGAAGAAGGCGAGAGUGCACGACGUGACAGUGCCAAACAAGAUGAUGCAUCUCUAUAAGAACGGCACCGUGCUCUAUAGCAUAAGGUUGUCUCUGACACUGAGUUGUUCUAUGCAAUUACACAAAUACCCCAUGGAUGUCCAGAUCUGUCCUAUUGUCCUGGCUAGCUACGCAUACACAACAGAAAACGUUAUCUACCGAUGGGAAGGGCCUCACCCUGUGCACCUAAACCACGCGGAAAUGCCACAGUUUGGCGCCGAAGUGGUUGACAAUGCCUUCACCGAGUCGUGCAAGGAAAGCUAUGGUGAAAACCAGUUCGCUUGUAUCCAGGGCUUCAUCCAACUGAACCGGAAGGUGGGCUACUACAUCGUCCAGGUGUUUGUGCCGUCCAUCCUGAUCGUGGUGCUCUCCUGGGUCUCCUUCUGGGUGGACCACGACGCAGUCCCCGCCCGAAUCUCACUUGGCGUCCUUACUGUCCUAACCAUGACGACCCAGAGUUCCGGCGCACUCCAGUCGCUCCCGCAGGUCUCAUAUGUUAAGGCUAUAGACGUGUGGAUGUUUACGUGUCUGAUAUUCGUGUUUGUGGCGUUGAUCGAAUACUCGUACGUUAACGUUGUGGCACGUGGUGCACAGAAGGGGCAUUCACGUAAACAGGACCGACCCAUAGAACUACAACCAUUGACAAAAGAACGCCCGGAAAGUAAUAAGGACAAUAUGAAGCAGGGUGGCCCAGCCGGAAAGAGCGUCGGUAACAUUGCGGCCCGGCGGGUGGACAAAAUCUCGCGUUUUCUCUUUCCGGUCGCCUUCGUCGUGUUUAACAUCGUGUUCUGGACCUACUACUCAUUUGUGCCACACCCCACCAAUAGUUCUUGAGGCCCGUUCUUCGAAACCUUUCUGUGGAAUCACGUAAAGUCCAUCGUUAAACAUACUCCUAGUUGGAAAACUAUAUCGGCAAUUCAUCGGAUCUCAUGGGAAUGACAUAUGGAUUCAAGCUACCAUUUUGGAUAAAAUUGGAUAAAAUAGUGAACAGUCAGAAGUCAAAUACUGAUAAAUUGGGAGUCUACGGUCCCUAUGAUACAGUUCUGUAACUCCUACAUGGCAAUAACUUGUCGAUAAUGAAAUUACUAUUUGUGCUUGUAGCACAAAGACGGAGUUUGUUUCAUGUAGGUGCAUGUAUAGUCCCGUUUGCUGCAACUGUUAGAAUAUUGCUCAAUCAAAAGUGCAAUAUGUACCUUGAUCAUAUGUCCAUGUUUGUUAUACAAUUUAAAUUUGUGAGUACACAUUUCCCUUACAAGUUACUUUACGUAUUUCGUUGAUAAUUUUAUUCUAGAUGUAUUUAUUGUUUCCUUUAAAUAUUUCAUAAAUUCAACUAUUUCACAUCACAGAGAAUAUCAUUUCUAUCCAUUCCACAAGCAAUAAUAUGCAGCUACUACAAUUGCUUCACACGAGCCAUUUUAUAUACAUUUGUACUAGUCAAAUAUAUGCAACUUUUACACUUGUCGCAUAUGUUUUGCAUUACUUUAUUCUUAUGUUUUGUUUGAGCACGUAUUUGUACUCAUGCUGUAUUACAGUCAGUAACUGUGUUAGUUAUAGUUGUCACGAUCGAUUUGUUUGGUUACUUUUUGCAAUAAAACACA